AUGGCCAAACGAAAAUACGGCAGCCCGCUUUCACCCAAGGCGACGCAAUUGCUUCUGUCGAAGCACGCGCGGAUGUCACAGGCCUGUGACCGGUGCCGGCUCAAAAAGAUCAAGUGCGACGGCAUCAAACCAACAUGCACGCCUUGCACCAAAAUAGGGUUCCAUUGUCAAACCAGUGACAAGCUCUCUCGGAGAGGGUUUCCACGCGGGUACACGGAGAUGCUCGAGAAGGAGGUAGUGCGGCUCCAGCAACGGCUGGUGCGCGCUGGUUACGACCCGGGCGACAGCACGGAGGUCAGCGUUUCGCAGCAGGCUGCUAUCGGGGCGACGGCCGACAACUCAGAAAGUUUUGCGGGCGAAACAAGUGGUCAAAGCGAGGCUCCGGGCUCCGGAGCUACCUCGACCGAGCCAUCGGCCUCGGUGCAGCCCUCCUCUGAGCCCCAAAAACAGCAGUUGUUCCACCUGCCUUUCAUUAACGACACGUUCCACUUGCACGAAAACCGCGUGGCCGCUGACGGCCGCUUUUUGGGCCACGCUGCGUGGAAUGACAUUGUUGGCACUUUGGGCAAAUUACCGACUGAGGCGAUGCCCGACGAGGACGAAUGGCUUUGCCGCUACCUGGUCCGCCAAUUCCAGCUUUCCCAACACCGCGUGCCAGCAGCUCUUUUAAUCAAAUACCAUAACGACGCCGGGUUCUGCAAGAAACGCAUUCGCAGGAGCAUCACGCACUUCCUGCAAACAUCAAUGUCGCUAGUGCCAAUUCUAAAUUCCAGUACAUGGGAAGAACGCCUUUUCAAGAUAAACGAGUCGAAAAACACCCAUCCAGCGGCGCUGUUAGCAUACCUCUUCAUUAUUCAAUGGCAGUGGUCUUGUUUCAGCGACGACAAGCUGUUUGCUGCAACCAAAAUAGUAGUGCUCAACGCAACACAGCCGCUUUUCCGUUUGCAGUGUCUGUUGUUGGCAAGUUACUAUUUCAUGGGAACACCAAGCAUGAGCCUGGUUUACAAUACCUCCACAGCACCAUAUGCAAGCCAGCUCCUAAAGUUGUCGUUUGCUGAGAUGAUUAACCUCGGCCUCUUCAUCAACAGCCACCGCUUAGUGCCUCUUCAGAACUCCCCACUAAGUCAUUCUGAAAGGCUGAUAACAUUCUGGUGCUUUCAAUUCCUAGAUUCCUGGUGGACGCUUUUGCAAGGAACUCCCAAAAGCAACUUCACUAUGGACGAGUUCUUACCUCCCAAAAUAUCUUCUUUGCGGAAUCCGAGAUUGAAGCCAUUCGAGUUGCUGAUAGAUUUUGUUGUGGGUUGCCUGGACGGCUGUAACUUACUCUACGCUCUGUCACAAGGCGCCAACACACAUAUGAUUUUCGAAUUAGAAAGCUUCAGAAAGCGUCUUUUCCAAUAUAGCCUCUACCAUCACCUAAAGGAUCAUGAUUACCACAACUUAUCCACGCUGGCAACGUGCGUGGAUAAGCCACAAGCCAUUGAAAUACAACUAACGCUGCAUUAUUUGAUCAUGACAUUUUUUGCCAAUCUUAAGGCUGCACGUUCGGCCGGCAGGUCGUCGGCCAAGGCGGCCGAAUCCUUGCGUGACACAUCUUAUGAGAUCUUGACUCUUUACUACCUAAUAGUUGUGGAUUCAUACGAUAUGAAGGCCUCGAUACCGCAGCAAUUGCAAGUCUUGCAUCUUUUGCCUUGUGAUAACCUCGCGAUAGUUAACAUGUGCUUAGAGUGCCUCUCGCAAUGGGCAGUGGCUUCGGAAAAUAAAGCGGGCACCGACUCCGAAUAUCGUAUGAAUUAUGAGAAGCACCGGUCCAUUGUUAAAGCUUGGUGUAAAAUUUGGUACUUCGAUGAGCCAGAAGACGAGCUGUUAACCCGUUUGCAGAAAAAUUACCAGUUCAGCUCGCAAUUGCCAUCAGGUAGAAGUGGGCAGCUUGCUAAGCUCCAAUACCUGAAUGCAAUGAGAACACACAACAGGCGCUCGCUCCUCUUGAACUUGCCUGACGAUAACCAAGUACAUGAUAAUGUUGGGUCCUUGAACAUCUUGGGCGUGGAGAGCACGCAGUUUCGCAUUCCUGCGGCCGAUUCCGCAAAUAAUCUAUUCGAAUCCCUGGCCAUUCAAGAGGAGGAUGAAGGAUAUGCUGAAGACGAUGAUGAUGAUGACGAUACACCACUGGAACUUCCAUUUUUUAAAAAAAAGCGCAGUAAUAAGACAACUAUCGCACAACCGCCACCCAUUCCCGUGCGUUCGCGGUCCCUCUUUGAUCAGCACCACCCAGGGCCCAUUAUAAGACGUCAGUCGGAUGCAGUAGCCGCCAAUAAUGGGCGCUUGUUCUCAGGCAUUGACGAAUCGCACCUUAAAGUACUCAAAGAUAAUUCUGUUCAAAAAGAGACCGAAGAUGCAAAACUCCGAAGUGAGCAUUACUUGCUGGUUCAGGGAUUUCAAAAAUCGCCGCCCGAGGUUGAUACGCCGCGCUCUCUUGCCGACAUAUUGUCGCUUUCUGGAGCAGAAUGCAAAUUUCCUGCCAGUUCAGGUUCCAUCCCAGAAGACAAUGCACAUGACAAACAGCAAGCCUCAGUAGAUCACACGUAA